UCAGCAGUGAGCUCCGGUGUAUUUCUGCUUUAUCUGAUUUAUACAGCUACACAUACACACCAGACACCGCGACACCUCACCAAUUACAUCUGGAGAGGUUAUAAAGAUGGGAAAACAUAACAGCAAGCUUGCUCCAGAAGUUCUGGAUGACCUGACCAAGAGCACAGAGUUUAACGAGGCAGAGCUAAAGCAGUGGUAUAAGGGCUUCCUGAAGGACUGUCCUUCUGGCAUACUUAACCUGGAGGAGUUCCAGCAGCUAUACGUCAAGUUCUUCCCAUACGGUGAUGCCUCCAAAUUUGCUCAGCAUGCCUUCCGCACCUUUGACAAGAACGGCGAUGGCACAAUUGACUUCAGGGAGUUUAUCUGUGCCCUGUCUAUCACCUCAAGGGGAAGCUUUGAGCAGAAACUUAACUGGGCCUUCAAUAUGUAUGACCUAGAUGGAGAUGGCAAGAUUACACGCGUGGAGAUGCUUGAAAUUAUAGAGGCAAUCUAUAAGAUGGUUGGUACAGUGAUUAUGAUGCGCAUGAAUGAAGACGGCUUGACACCUCAGCAGCGCGUGGACAAGAUCUUCAGCAAGAUGGACAAAGACCACAAUGAUGAGAUCACGCUGGAGGAGUUUAAAGAGGCAGCCAAGAGUGACCCUUCCAUUGUUCUUCUACUGCAGUGUGACAUGCAAAAAUAAAGCAAAAAGGAGAUGUGUGGGGGGUGUAGCUAUGUAUUGGGAAAGGUGAGGUGUUAAAAUAUGUACAGACUAUUAGAUAGUAGGUUAUUAAAAGUAGAUGUGUUUCAAGAUGUAAAUAUAGUAAAACUAUUAGGUUGUGAGAGUUUAAAGCUUUUAGGUCUAAGACAAAAAGGUGGAGGAACAGAACAGGGCAGGAUCAGAGGAGAGUGAUGAAGGUCAUUAUCCCUCCACUAUUCAGACAGUCAUAUCAUGUUAUUGUUGCUUUCAGUCCAAAGCCCAAAAAUAUUAAAUUAGUACUGUAGAUUUUUCUAAUCUAAUAUUUAUUUAAGUAAACUGUAACAUAUGUGUGAUUAC